GUGGCCAAGCGGACGCACCCCAAUCUCGUGCCGUGCCCGCCAUCAACGGGCCUCAGCACGUGUAACACGUGUCACUCGCACGUCCGUAGAUCCAGUCUCAUGCCGAUCGUGCCAACCCAUAAACUCAAGCACGCUCGCCUCUCACACGCGUGAAACCCUAACCUCACAUGCUCACACAAACCCCAACCCUCAUCGGCCGGAACCCAACUCCCGCCGGAGCUCCGGCACGCUGCUCGCCCGUCAAUUCUCCUGAACCUUCUUCAUCUUCUCGAAUCUAUGCAGGGCCUCCUCUCCGGUCACCGGAAAAUAUCCUUUUCCGGCCAGUUUCGGUGUUACCGUUAGACGUUUUAGGAGAAAACAUAGAUCCGUUCUCCGAAGCUUCCAUGAAGAUUUGAUGUUAGAGAUGUCUCCUUUUGAGCUCUGACUGAAGAAGAGAGUUGAAAUUUGUAGAGAAAAUGGCGAAUCAUUGGUUUUUGCAGGCUCAUAAUUGAAAAAGCCAAGGUUUCUUGUAAGAAUUACGCGGCAAAUUGACGUUGGGAGUGCAAGCUGACACAACAAGGGAACGACUUUCCAUCCUUGCAAACAGAGCCACCUUUACCUAUUUUUUAGAGAGUGUGGUUAAGGAGAAGUGUGGUUCAUUUGAAGUUCAAAUUGCUGACAGAUAACCCAAGUGCCGAGUUGGUGUAGAGAAGUCUCAAGUAUGUUGUCAUUUUCAUCCAUUAUGUGCAUAAUUGUGCUUUAAUGAUGAUAUUUGCACUAGAAGAAAGAUUGUAUAGGUCAUACAUCUAGAGUAGGAGAUUAGGAUAGAGGAGGAAACAGAGAACAGGCCUUAUGGCGACAGAUAUGCAGAAAUUGAUUGGGACAAGUGAAGAUGAAGAAGAAGAAAUGGAGAUGGAUGUGAAAGAAGAGGAUGAUGAUGAUGACGAAGAUGAAGAGAAGCACAUACCUGUGACAGGGAUGGUAUCUGUUGAUGGAGCAUUUGUAUCAAGCAGUGGCAAUAACCGUUUUCAACAUCACCAGCAAAUUCAAGAACAAGGAGGCAACCAAAGUGGAGGGCGAAGGUGUAGACCAGUAGAAGAAAAGGAGAGAACAAAGCUGAGAGAGCGGCACCGGAGAGCUAUCACUGCAAGGAUCUUGGCAGGCCUUCGAAGGCAUGGAAACUAUAACCUAAGGGUUAGAGCUGAUAUUAAUGAUGUGAUUUCAGCUUUGGCGAGGGAAGCUGGCUGGGUUGUUCUUCCUGAUGGAACCACCUUUCCUUCAAGAACUCAGGUCCCUAGGCCUGCUGGUGGCACCUCUACUGCAGUGGUGACUUCAUCAUCUUCACACUUGGUGCAGCAACAGACUCCACCUACUUCCCUUAGAGGAGUCUCUUCUGGUUAUCGGAGCUCAGUGGAAUACAAUGCAUCUCGCAUGAAAGGUGUUUUUGUGCCUGCUUCAUCUCCUUAUGAUGUAUCCCCAAGCUCUAGGUCUCACUCUGCAGUUGUGAUGGGAGAUAGAGGAGGGCAAGCAGAGAAUCAUCCUCUUAUUGGUGGCUCCAUGGAUGCUGUUGAUGAUAAGCAGGUGGUUGACAUGCCGCCGAAGUUACAAGAGCGUGAUUUUGCGGGCACCCCUUACAUUCCUGUUUAUGUGAUGCUACCUCUGGGUGUCAUCAGUAUGAAGUGUGAGCUGGUUGAUCCAGACGGUUUAUUGAAGCAGCUAAGGAUAUUGAAAUCAGUCAAUGUUGAUGGUGUUAUGGUUGAUUGCUGGUGGGGAAUAGUAGAGGCACAUGCUCCACAAGAGUAUAACUGGAAUGGUUACAAGAGGCUGUUUCAGAUUGUGCGUGAGCUUAAACUUAAGCUACAAGUUGUAUUGUCAUUUCAUGAAUGUGGUGGCAAUGUUGGUGAUGAUGUUUGCAUUCCACUGCCCCAUUGGGUGGCAGAAAUCGGUCGAAGCAAUCCUGACAUCUUUUUCACCGAUAGAGAGGGAAGACGCAACCCUGAAUGUCUUUCUUGGGGAAUUGAUAAAGAACGGAACUUAAGGGGCCGGACUGCCGUUGAGGUUUACUUUGACUUCAUGAGAAGCUUCCGUGUCGAAUUUGAUGACUUCUUUGAGGAUGGUAUCAUCUCAAUGAUUGAAGUUGGACUUGGUCCAUGCGGGGAGCUACGGUACCCAUCUUAUCCUGUAAAGCAUGGUUGGAGAUAUCCUGGCAUUGGUGAAUUCCAGUGUUAUGAUCAGUAUUUGUUGAAGAAUUUGAGGAAGGCAGCCGAAGCAAGGGGGCAUGCUUUUUGGGCUAGAGGCCCAGAUAAUGUAGGUUCCUAUAAUUCCCAGCCCCAUGAAACUGGAUUUUUUUGUGAUGGGGGUGAUUAUGAUGGCUAUUACGCUAGAUUCUUCCUUAAUUGGUACUCUCAAGUUUUAGUUGAUCAUGGCGAUCGGGUACUUUCUCUAGCCAAGCUAGCUUUUGAAGGCACUUCAAUUGCUGCAAAGCUAGCAGGUGUUCACUGGUGGUACAAGACAACUAGUCAUGCAGCGGAAUUGAUGGCAGGGUUUUACAAUCCAUGCAAUCGUGAUGGCUAUGCUGCAGUAAUGGCAAUGUUGAAGAAGCACGGUGCUGCAUUAAACUUCACAUGCGCUGAAUUACACAUGUUAAACCGGCAUGAGGACUUCCCAGAGGCAAUGGCAGAUCCUGAGGGGUUAGCCUGGCAAGUAUUGAAUGCUGCAUGGGAUGUCUGCAUACCAGUUGUCAGUGAGAAUGCUCUUCUUACCCAUGAUAGAGAAAGCUAUAACAAGAUAUUAGAGAAUGCCAAGCCUCUAAACGAUCCAGAUGGGAGGCAUUUUUCAUCGUUCACCUACCUUAGACUCAGCCCACUUCUCAUGGAAAGACACAAUUUUCUUGAAUUUGAACGAUUCGUCAAGAGAAUGCAUGGUAAAACACUCAAUACAUUGUUCAUUUUAUUCCCAUUUAAAUUUUUUACUAAUCAUUACAUGUCUAUGGAUUUUCUUAGAUGUUGUUUGUGUGCCUGUUUAGUAAGAAGGGAACUAAUUACUCAGUCAAUUGAUUUUCCUAAUCCUAGGAGGCAAAAUCCUUGCCUAUGAUUAGUAGACUGCCCUGUUUGUCUCCCUGACAUUAGAUAUCAUAAACUCUUAAAUUUGCAUAUUGGCUCCAUCGCAAGACCAUUGAAAAGGGACACCAUGUGGCCUUGUAGGAACACACCCUCCUUAACGACCUAUAAGACUCAAGGUCUAUAUUCUCCAAUCCUAAAUAGAGAAGUCUGCAUAAAUUUUAUGAAAUCUUAAGGUUAUGUUUGGUUCUUGGAAAGAAAAAAAAAUAAAGAGGAAAAUUAUAAGAAAAGCUAGAAGUAAAGAAACCUUAUAAAAUUUUCUUUUGUGGUGGUCCAUGGAAAAGUUGAAGGAAAAAAAUUUAAUUAUUGAGAAAUGCACUUUCCCUAAAUUUUCCUUGCCUUUAUAUAAGGAAGAUAAUUUUUUUUUUCUUUAUCUUUUUCCAUACAUCCAAGCAUAAAAAAAUAAUUUUGCUUAACAAUUUUUUUUCCUUAUGCUUUUCAAGAGCCAAACAUCCCCUAACAGUGGUUCUGGAUCAUACAUCCAAACUAAAAGGACAAAUAACAAACGAC